AACCGACCCUGCUGCUCCCGCCGCCAUUAAACCCUCCCCGCAGAGCGCCUCCCGGGCUGGGACCUGGCGACCCUUCCUCGGGCAGGACUCAGGAGGGAACUAGGGGUCGAGAGCGGGAGUGGGCGCCCUCGGACCAAGCCGAGCCCGCAGUGUGCGGAAAGAGAAGGGGUUCGAGGGCAGAGGUAGGGUCUCGGAGGGGAGAGAUGCCGGGUGCCUGGGCCGGCGUGGCCCCUGCGCUAACCGGGCCAGAGGCCUGGAGGACUGACAGCCGGUUUGGGAAGAGCGCGGCCAGCUCCUCUCAGCCUCAACCUCGCCAUGGCUUCCGCUGGCCUGCAAAUCCUGGGGAUCAUCCUGACGCUGCUCGGCUGGGUGAACGCCCUGGUGUCCUGUGCCCUGCCCCUGUGGAAGGUGACCGCCUUCAUCGGCAACAGCAUCGUGGUGGCCCAGGUGGUGUGGGAGGGGCUGUGGAUGUCCUGCGUGGUGCAGAGCACGGGCCAGAUGCAGUGCAAGGUGUAUGACUCCCUGCUGGCGCUGCCCCAGGACCUACAGGCCGCCCGCGCCCUCUGCGUCGUCGCCCUCCUGUUGGCUCUGCUCGGGCUGCUGGUCUACCUCGCGGGAGCCAAGUGUACCACCUGCGUGGAGGACAAGGACUCCAAGGCCCGUCUGGUGCUUGUCUCUGGGAUCAUCUUUGUCAUCUCGGGUGUCCUGACCCUUAUCCCUGUCUGCUGGACCGCCCACACCAUCAUCCGGGACUUCUACAACCCUUUGGUGGCCGAGGCCCAAAAGCGGGAGCUGGGGGCCUCCCUCUACCUGGGCUGGGCAGCCUCCGGUCUUUUAUUGCUGGGGGGGGGGCUGCUGUGCUGCACAUGCCCCUCGGGGGGGGCCCGGGGCUCAAACCAUUACAUGGCCCGAUACUCCGCCUCUGCCGCACAUGGCACCUCUCAGGGUCCCUCCGAAUACCCCGCUAAGAAUUAUGUCUAAUUCCGGUAGGGGAGCGGGGACUCCCUUGACAGCGGAGUCUAACUUCCUGAGCCGGAGACGUGGAGAUGGUGAUCCAGGCAGCUUUGGGUGGUUUUUUAUCUUUUUUGGGGGGGAGGGGCGGGAGGAGCGGGGGGAGUGGCAUUUUUAAAAUUCAGUUGGUAACCCAAGAAACUCAGCAUCUCUCUUGGGCUCUGCUGCUGGUGCGUCUCACCUUUGGAUGAUGGAGCCAAGGAGGUGAUGCUUCACAGUUUCUGGAUCUUUCUCCACCCCGGACAUCCCCAUCUCGGAGGCCAACCCGCAGCCGCGGGCCAGCGUGUAGGCUGCCUGCUGUUCAGAUGCUUGCAGCCUGUCCCCAAGAGUCCCUCCUUAGUGGUGGGUCCUCUGAACCCCCAGGGGCUCCUGAGCCUCAGGUGGCCCGCCCUUAGAAGAGCGGGCGGUUUAAGUUACCAAAGAACCACCCACCUCCAAGUGGGUGGUCCACCUCUGACCUCUGGCUCCUCGACCCUGAGUCCUGCCCCAGCUGUGCCCUAGACCACCUCCCCCGCCCCCCUCUGGCUCACCUUCAGCCCCUGCACGCUUCUGUCAC